ACUGGAAUAAUUUUGACAUUUAAACAUAACCUAAUUUUCUUUUUUAAGGUUAAAUUCUAAUCAAAUUUUUUUCUUAAAAAAUCAUGACCGAUACAGAACAAAGCGUUCCAGAGCAUUGCCCGGGUACACAAAGUGAAGAUGCAGGAAAAGCAUCCGCUUGUGCUGGUUGUCCUAACCAAAAGAUUUGUGCUUCCGGGGAUACAAAAGUGGUUGAUCCAGGUAUCGAAUUGGUCAAAGAGCGUUUGGGUGAUGUAAAAAAUAAGAUUUUAAUACUUUCGGGGAAAGGUGGAGUUGGAAAGAGUACAAUGACUGCUUUACUUAGCCGAAGUUUGGCUUUAGAAGACGCAGCAAGAAACGUUGCUGUUCUUGAUAUUGAUAUUUGUGGGCCCUCUCAACCCAGAGUUUUAGGCGUUUUAGGAGAACAAGUUCAUCAAUCUGGAUCUGGAUGGUCUCCAGUGUUUGUAGAAGACAAUUUAAGUGUGAUGUCUAUUGGAUUUCUGCUUGGAUCAGCUGAUGAUGCAAUCAUUUGGAGGGGUCCAAAGAAAAAUGGGAUGAUUAGGCAAUUUUUAAGUGAAGUGGAUUGGGGCAGUUUAGAUUAUUUACUUAUUGACACACCUCCAGGAACAUCUGAUGAACACCUUUCUGCAUCAACAUAUUUAGCAAAUGCUGGACUUACUGGUGCUAUUAUAAUUACUACUCCUCAAGAAGUUGCAUUGUUAGAUGUUCGCAAAGAAAUUGAUUUUUGUAGGAAAGUUAAUAUUAAUAUUUUGGGGGUUAUUGAGAAUAUGUCUGAGUUUAUCUGUCCUUGUUGUAAUGUGAAAUCAGAAAUAUUUCCCCCCAAAACUGGUGGGGCCAGGCAAAUGUGUGAAGAUUUAAAUGUUGUUUUUCUGGGAAGCAUUCCUUUAGAUCCUAAAUUGGCGAGAUGUUGUGAUGAAGGAAAAGAUUUUUUUGCUGAAUUACCAGAUUCAGCAGCUAUUACAAAAUUAAAAGAGGUUACUGGAAAAAUUGUGCAAAUUUGUGAUGGAUCAAAUUAAAAAUUAGAAUUUAUAAGGAAUUUUAUUUUGUUAUAAAUUGAAAAUGAAAUAAAAUAAAUAUUAUAUAGCACAACUUUAUUUACUGUGUAAUAUGUACAAAAAGAAACUAAUUAAUACAUACAUAAUAGACCAUAUAAAAACCUUUUGCCAAAAUCGUUACGUUCUAAAAUUUUUACUCACUUUAUGCACAAUACGUUAUUUUUUUACUAAAAUUACUAUUCAAAUUCAGUCGUCUGGAGACAAUAAGAUGACUCGACUAAUAAUAAUGCAAAACAAAAAGAUAAUCAUAAUAAUAAAAAACACUGGUAUAGAAAUGUGCUGUAUACAUGUAUGGAUUAUUAAGUAUUUGUCCAGUAUUUUUUUUUAAUAUUUAAUAGUAGUCAAAAGUAUAAAAUACAAAGCUAUACACAAUAUUCAAUCUAUAUAUACGCAAAUAUAAAGUUAAUGUAAUAUAAUAAUAGGUUGUUUGCCUAAAACUAGGACCUACACAAUGAUAAUGAUAAUAAAAAAAUCACACAUGACAUCAUAAGUUUACACACAAGUGGAAUACUUUGCGAAUACUAUUUCUUUUGUAUUCAUUUUUUUACGGCUUUGAGAGAUCAAUCAGUGAAAAAGGCUACAAGAUACACACAUACAUAAUAACUAUUGGUCCAAGGUCGUGGCGACUAUUUACACACAAAAAAUGGGUUUUUCAUCAAUUAUUAUAGAAAAUACUGCGCGUUUUUGGCUUUAUAAAAGCGAUUAGAAAUUUUUAUUUAUUAAAAAUAGCAUUCUUUUUUUAAGUGUAUUUUCUAUCUUCCCUCUUCUGAGACGAUGACUCAUUUUUUUU